GAAGCCAAUGGCACAGAAGGCAAGAACUUCUACAUCCCCAUGUCCAACAGGACUGGGGUUGUUAGAAGUCCUUUUGAAUACAACCAGUAUUACAUGGUAGAUCCAAUGACCUACAAGCUGCUAGCUUUCUACAUGUUCUUCCUGAUCUGCACUGGAACUCCCAUCAACGGUCUGACAUUGUUGGUAACGGCUCAGAACAAGAAGCUCCGGCAACCUCUCAACUACAUCCUGGUCAACCUGGCUGUGGCUGGACUGAUCAUGUGCGCCUUCGGAUUCACCAUCACCAUCACAUCUGCUCUUAAUGGCUACUUCAUUCUUGGAGCCACUGCCUGCGCUGUUGAGGGAUUCAUGGCCACACUUGGAGGUGAAGUUGCUCUCUGGUCACUGGUCGUCCUGGCUGUUGAGAGAUACAUCGUCGUCUGCAAACCCAUGGGAAGCUUCAGGUUCACUGGAACUCAUGCUGCAGCUGGAGUUGUUUUCACCUGGAUCAUGGCCUUCUCCUGCGCUGGACCCCCACUGUUUGGCUGGUCUAGGUACCUUCCUGAGGGCAUGCAGUGCUCCUGUGGACCCGACUACUACACUCUGGCUCCAGGCUUCAACAAUGAGUCAUAUGUCAUCUACAUGUUUGUUGUCCACUUCUUC